AUGUCUGACUGUCAGUCAUCACCUACCGAACCCACCACCAUCUUGGGUGUCAACAAGAAGCUCAAUGACAGCCUUGCAGCCCUCAACAACCGCUUCCAACUUUUGGAGAAUAAACUCGAGGCUUCCAUUGAGAAUAGUAACCAAUGUUUCGAUAAAGCUGAAAAGGAUUCCCAAGAUAUUUCACAACUUCUACUUGAUAUCAGACGAGAAAUAAAAGAAGGGUUAAACAGAUCAGGUGGGAGUGUAGACCCCAUUAACUCGCCCGAGGAAAUCGAUCACAAAUCAGCCAAGGGAAAAGAAAAAGAGAUCCCAGAAUCCUCCCAUCCUAAGAACCCCGAUUACACCAACAGCGAUGCCAUUAAAAGAAACAAACAAGGUAGACUAGACACCUCUGCAACGAACGACAUUGGUGAGAACCUCACUCUAGGUGAGAGGUUUGUAAAAAGAGCUUGGCCAGAAGCAGUCUUCCCCAAUGACCUCAACAACAAAUCAUACACAAGUAUAAAAAAUAAAGUUGUCCUCAAACCAGAAUGGCGGCUCGUCGUCGCAAAUAGCGAAGUUUUUACGAAGCUGUCAAGCAUCCAGAACGCCCUACAUUUGGCGUUAAUACCUUACCACUUGUGGGCACAUUGA